ACGCGCAUCGCAGCUCAGAGUGACGUGACGCCAGCUGAGUUAGCCAAGCACUCCAGAUGACAUUUCAUUCUGCCAUCUUACUUAUCUUCAGUCCAACAGAGCUGUGCAUCUUCUAUUCAGGCUAAAUAUUUGUUGCCCCCCACCUCCCACCGCCCCUCCCCUCCUUUUUUUUUUUUUUUUUUUGAAAUACAUGAACAAACGAGCAGGCAGGGAAGGUGUUACACAUCUGGAUCAAACCAACGCAGCGGGUCGCGCUACUCGACCCACUCCAGACAUGAGGUGGUCUCAUUCCGAUCGCGCUCAUAUGAUGGAAACACUUCGGGGCUGCCACGCUUGAUCUGUGCAUAAACCCAGAUGCCUCCCCUCCCUCUUGAUGAGCGUAUAGUGGUCAUUCAGCACCCUAAAAACUUGGCCCUGUGUGAGGCUUCCCCACAAACCAUCCCUCAGCGCUCCUCUCAAAUAUCAGCCUCGUCCAAUGGACACCCUACCCAUCUCCAGUCCUCGAAGUCCCACUUCUAUGCACCUUCGUGUAAUCCUCUGACUCUCGAAUGCAAGCGUAGAUCCUCUCGCACGCAGAGACUCAAGAGCGAUCAACCUGUCGUCCCAGCAGGUGCCAGACACGUCCCCAGCCACUGCCAUAGCAACGGCACAGUCACUCUCGCCCCACGGCUGCCCUCCCACACACAUACUAUUGAUAUCAGGGUGACGGUGGACAAAGGAGGACGUGGAGGAGGAAUCAGCAACUCGUUGGGGCGCAGCGGAAUUGUAAAAGGUGGCAGGGAGAAAUGCGUCUCUUCACAGCUGGAUCAAGGACAAUGUGAGAGAAGGACUGGAGCCGCAGGGAGGCCGGGUGGUGCCGAACUCAAGCCCCAGCGAAGUCGCCAUAGUCAGCAGUCGCCCUCCCCCGGGGGCAUCCUGCAAUUCGUCCCAGCCCAGGCGCAGCAGCAAAGGUUGAGGACAGAAAAGGAAAACGCUAGUUUUUUAAACAGAAGUGACCAAGAAUUUCCUUCACUGGGUCACAAGAAGAAUUCCAAACUGGGGACUGUCCGUCAAAGCCAUAAUAGCCAAAAUCUACCCUACCACCAAAAUUCCGUCCCUGUGCCCCGUGCCGCCAUCCUAAAUUCCAACUAUCCGUCGUCCCCUCCCUCCCAACCCACCCAUGUCCCGGGCCCCUUUCAGAAGGUCAGCCAGCCGCAAACGUCCCGCACCAGGGAUCUCCGCCCUCACAUUCUUCAUGGUCUUCCCCUCUCCCCCUGCUCCUCCCACGCCGGAGGGUUCCCCAGCCCUGACCACACAUGCACCAUCGACUGCACCCACCCAUUCAGCUGUGGCUGCUGGAGGUUAGUAAGAUGCACAGGCUGUAAGGGACACUCUGCCAACUGCCAAGAAGGUGGAGGGAGUGCUUCCACCUCAUUUCCACGAGCUCAUAAUGUCGGAGCAGUGAAGAGAGGAGGCAAAGAAAUGGGCCUGAGGAAUCUAGGCGGGUGUCUCUCCACCACCUCCACCACCUCCUCCUCUAACAGCACCGUGUCUGACUGCCGAGCCAACCUGUUCAAACCUCUCCGCUGUGCCUCCUGCUCUGGGGAGGCUAGAAACUUUGAGAGUCCAGCUAUCCUUCGCAAAAAACUGGUUGGGGGAUGCCUGCCCUGUACCCCGCUGUCCUCCUCGGCCCCUCUCCGGGUCAUACAGAGCUGCGUCACAGGCUGCAACCCCAAAGCUUCCCAAACAGGCAGCUCCACCUGCAGCUACUGCAGCAGCGACCCCAUAGUGGUGACAUUUAACCCUCGCAGGUGCAAACCCCCAGGCAGAGGCACAGGAGCAACUCCUCAGAUGGGUACGUUCCAAGCCGAUGAUGACGACUACAGCGUGCGCACCAUCUGGCCUGAAGAACUGGCCAAGAAAAUGACCCAUUCUAAAGCCCAAAAGAAUCACUGCACCGUGAUGGGAGUAGGAGCGAGGAAGGCCCCUGCAACCCAGGACCAAAAUGGCAGUAACAGACCAGGCCUUGCCCUCCUGGACUGUCAAAACCUCCAGGAAUACACGCAGUCCCAGUUUACAGACCGUGCCGGCCGCCGCCGGCUUCAGCAGGGGAAAAUGGCCGCCCUUGACUUCAUGGGCCGCAGGACGGGAUCCGGGUGUGACGAGGGACAGAACUCACUGAAGAGGCUCUUGAACAAAACAGAAGAUGCAGGAACAGAGCAAGACGGAGAUGCAGCAUAUCCACGCUCCCCCUCUCCCCGCUCAGCCUCUCCGCCGUCACCUGUGUCCUUCUCUCCUCCACCGUCCGCUCCCAGCACACUAAUCAAGCCCAAACCCUGGCAGAGAGACAGGGAGGGGGGACAUUCCCUGCCAUCCGCUCAGUCCCUUCACCUGGCUCUCAACUCCCUGAACAGAGAACAAGAUGAGGAAAAAAGCAGAAUGCACCUUUCUCUGCCGCUGUCCUCUUCUUUGCCGGCUUCUCUGUCCGAUGAGACCGCGAUGAGUCCUGAUGCGGAGAACGCCGUGGUGAGUCCCAUCCUGCCUUUCCUUUUUCUGGGGAACGAGAGAGACGCCCAGAACUUGGACCUGCUGCUGCGCCUCAACAUUGGCUUCGUGGUCAACGUGACCACGCACCUGCCGCUCUACCACGUCAACUCUGGAUUGCGCUACAAAAGGCUGCCAGCCACCGAUAACAGCAAGCAAAACCUUCGGCAAUACUUUGAGGAGGUUUUUGAGUUCAUUGAGGAGGCAUAUCAGAGUGGACAGGGAGUGUUGGUACACUGCCAGGCCGGCGUGUCCCGUUCUGCAACCAUUGUCAUUGCCUACCUUAUGAAGCACACCCUCAUGACAAUGACAGACGCCUACAAAUACGUGAGGAGUCGUCGUCCAGUGGUCUCCCCCAAUCUAAACUUCAUGGGCCAGCUUUUGGAGUUCGAAAGGGACCUCAACUCCGGCGUGACUCCUCGUAUCCUAAUGCCUAAGCUCAGCGGUGUGGAGACGCAAGUGUGAGGAAGGUCAGGAGCGCGUGAGAUACUGCUGGUGACGAAGAGAUUGAAGCAGCGUUGAAAGAGUGCAGCAGAUUUUAGAAGAGUGACGUGGCCACAAAUACUUUGGUGGGAAAACGGUGGUAUUUUGGGCGGCCGGUGCACUUUUAAUACUGUGAAACAUGAGACGAAGAACCAAACAACAGACCGGAUGCUUCAUCACACGACCAUCACCCAGUAUACUAUUCCUAAAGUAAUGUGCCAAUAUUUUGUAGGGACCUAACAUCAGUCUCUGAUCUCAUCUUUCUCUGAUGCCUCUUCCUUUUGGUUCCCAUCGUUUACAUUCACAGCCACUAAACGGAAAUGCAAUGACUGGGUCGCCAUAAAUCGUAAGCGCACGCUGAACGGAUAUGCAACUGUGGAAAAGGAUCACUGGUAAUGUGCCACCCCCCUCUGCGACACCAGGUUGAUGUUCCCAUCACACGUAGCAAAAAGGAUAUUAAUGCAAACUUUACAUUUCAUUAUCACUGACUAAAUUGUCACAAAGAUGAGAGGAAUUCAUAGCAUAGACCACAGUCACUGUUUUCUGCUCAGAUUUAUCAUGUGUUUUUCUAUUUGGAAACUGUGCAAUACAGUGCUAUGAACUGAGGAGAGCCGUGACGGGAUUAACCCGGGAAACCUUUUGCAAAAGGGACAAACAGCUCAUGAAAAUACGUAUGAAUGGUUUGGUUCACUGAAGCGGCUAGCAUACUGUGCACUGACAGGGUAGAGUUAAACAAUACAACACAUAACUGUAGCAAUCUGUGUGAGUAAAAAUGUACAUUUAAACACAUUUACUGCGUAAUUGAAACCACAACUCAAGACUACUUUGAGGUUAUUUGUGCAAACUAUGGUUUACAGUAUAUUUGACCGUAGCUGUACGUUGGCAGGUACUCUCUUACCAUCUCAAGCUGUGCAGUGUAGGUUUCGCUAUUAAUUCAUUGAGAAACUGCAUUAUUUCAUAUAAAACUAUCUUUUUGUGGUUUUGCAUGGAAGCGGCCUGUCAUGGUGCACAGGCAGGUAUUUUGCCAUGUAUAAAAAGCACAUGGUAGUUUGAUAUUCAGGAGACAACACAGUAACAGAAAGGAGGCCACAUUUAACACCUACCCCGUCUGGUCGGGAACAUAGAGACAAUAUGUUAUGUGUUAAUAACUGCUCGACAGUAUGCGCUUUUAUUUUGUAACCCUUAUUUCAGAUAUUUGAUUUGACUUAACAUCCUGUGGCAGAUUAUACAUGUUAUUUCCCACAGUCCCAGAAAGGUACAAAGGGAACCGACAUAGGAAUGGUUGGCUUCCCGGCGCCAUGAACAAUAUUAAAGUCAAACCUACUCUAUAUUUAUUAUUUUAGUUCCUUUGUGAACGAGUUGGAAAAAAAAAACAGUUUUUAAUGACGGUGAUUCUGAAAGUUGAGUGGUUGAUAUUCAUUACUCCCUGUUCUAUUGCCUUAUUGUCUGUACUGGAGUUCUUAACUGUGUCCCUCCUGACUAUGCAUUUUUUUAUGUAGGCUUUGGUUUAAUUAGAGAAGAUUGAUACACUAUAUUAUUACAGUUAUGUAAUAUAUUACAGCCAUGGCCUGAGUUGUAUUCAAUACACAUUCAAACGCCUGCAUGUUCAAUUUUAUAGUUUACAGUAAUACAAAACCUUUCUGGCCAAAACGAUUUUAGAAUCUUAUUAUUAUAAUAAACAGUGGCAUAAGACACUGGCUCAUCAACUUUAAUAUAGAAAGUAAGUGCAGAUUGAUACUUAUAGUGUACUAAUAUAGGGCAGUACAUGGUGUGAAACAAAAUCAUACUAUCUACAGACUCAAUAUUAUAUCAGUUCAGCCACACUUUUAGGAGAAUCACUGACUUUUGGAUUAAUACGGUUUUCUAAUCCGGUUGCAAAGGGAUGAGAAUUAUUUUGCACAUUUUCUAAAUAAAUGCCACAUACAUAAAUGCUGUUAAUGUAAAACAGUACUUUAUGACUCCAGCAUUUUCAAUGUUUUUGACAGCAUUAAUUGUCAGAUAUGAGAAGAUUCAGGUUAAAGAAGAGGGAACACAUGUGUUAUUAUUUGUGUUCUCUUCUCUUCAACUGCGGAAACAAAUAGUUGUGCAGUCGGACUCAGGAUAGUCAAAUCAAAACCGAGUGUACGUAACUAAAUACAAACUUUUACACCUUGAGUUAAGAGUUCCUCAGUAUUUGUUGUUAUGUAUUUAAAUGUUUUCACCAGAUUCUAGUUGCCCUUUUCCAGAAUUUAGGAAAAUACCCUGUUCCAAGUUUCCUCAACCAAAAUGCCUUCGGUUUAGCCAUAUGUAAUCUGGUCCUCCCAUGUUGUCAUCAUAUUUAUGACUUUGUAGAAUGGUCCUGAUUUUUGCCUGGUGUAUUUGUUUUCUGUCAAACUGACUUUGAUAUAGGCUAUAUAUUUUUCUACAGUCAAACUGAUUCAUUGUGUUAGUAUACAAACUUACUCUGACUCUGUAUUUACAGUUUUUUUUUACAUGAAUCUUUGUUUUGUAUGAAAGGCUGUUUGGACAGAAUGCCAUCUUCCAACUCUGUAGCAACAAUAAGGAUCUUGAGCCGUGCUGUGCGUUGCAGCACUGCAGUGUCACUGUUAUCAGACCUCAGUAAACGUGGGUCAACAUACCGCAUUCCUGUUUUUAACUCUCGCCUUUAUUUUAGUUGGAGAGACUUCCAACCAAACAUGCUGUUUCUUCCCCCAGUCUGUCCAGCUCAGCUCACAAUUGGUGUAGUAUUUACCAUUGAAGAAAGCCUGUUGCUCCUUGAUUUUUAUACAGACUUUAUAUGCAAAAUGGCUGUCAAAGCCAUUUCUUUAAUUCCAGGCUGUAUGGACUUGGUCAGUGUUGACCGCAGACGUUUGUAGAUGCAUCAAAAGCCGACGGACCUUUUCGUCAUAUAAACGGUAAAGCCAGUGUUUCUGGGAGUUUCAGUGUGUGUAGAAAAAAAAAACCUUCUAGUUUUUGUUUUGCAUUUGAAAAGAGGAAAGUUGUUACAGUCUGACUGAUAAGCUUUUGAGAACAUGGUAUAUCCGUGAAUUUCUUAUCUAUGGGGACAUGAUUAUUCCUGUUUGUACUUAAUCAAUUUAAAUAAUUGUGCUUUUUCCUGUACCAAAUAAUGAGUUCACGGCUAUUGAUUCAAAAGACUGAUGAUGAUGAUGAGAAGAAAAAAAGCAGAUCACCACCUCCCUUCUAACGGGGGUAAGAACUCUUCAGGUACGAUUAUCAUAGUAAUGCUGUGCUGUUUCACCCCACCGCCUCCAAAAAAAAGAAAAACUCAUGUUAUCUAACCUGUUAUGCUCUUUCUUUCAAUGAUGGAUUCUUUCUCUUAAGCCAAUGUAAUAUUUUCCUAUUGUAUUUACUGGUCCUAGUAUUUAGAAAAUGUUUUUGCCUCCAUUUACCUAUACUCUUCAGAAUUCUUUGAGGUGCACUGUGACAAAUACAAUGCUGCUAUAUUACAAUGACUUUUAUUUAGUAUGUCACAUUUAGCCGAUGCAAAAGUGGUGAAUAUUGCUAAAGGUGACCCUGGCAAAGUGGGCCUGAAUACAGAGGCACUGCUUACAUUGUUCCGACUCAAUCCAGGCUUUAUUGUUGUGCUGCCUUGCUGCAGUGUGUCACUCUCAGACUGACUGUGUGCACCACAACAGGAUCUGCAGCUGUUCCUGUUGGUCUUCCUUUAAAUGCAUGAGACGAGGAAAAGAGAGUAAAAUGUAGCAGUGAAGUAUUUCUAAUGGGCUAUGUCUUCGCUCACUGUGCUCAAUAAAACUGUGAUGUUGCUCUUCUUGCAACAGUGUUUAUUAUGUGGGAAAUGUUUCCUUGGUUUGGUCAUAGUUUUAUGACUAACUUCAGGCAGUAUGUGAGGGAAAGUCCAUCCACGGGAAUAUUUAGCACAAAUUUAGACUUUGUCCUCUGUCGACAUACGUAUUAUACGGUUUUGAUAUGUGCAACAUAAUACGAUAAGCUUUAAGUGUAGAUUCAUAAUUUAAGUUAUAUCAAAUACAGCAGAGAAAAGGUACAUUAACAUAAGAAAAAAAAAAAGGUAAAAAUUAUGUUUUGGCCACGUCCUUUGGUCCUCAAUGAAAUAUUUCAACACGUAUUGGAUGGACUGCCAUUCAUUUUGUUACAGACAUUCAUGGCCCCCGGAGGGGGCCAUGUAAAAAAUGACUUCUUAUGCAGCAUCGUUUUUAAACUGAAUCAAGAUGUUUAACGUAAAAGUCGACAUGUUAGCAUCAUGACUGUGGGCAUGUUAGGAUGCUACCAUUAGCAUUUAGCUCAAAGCAAGCUGGUCCUGCGGCCACCCGCAUGGCUGUAUACAUCUUUUUCGAGACUAAUCCACAUCAUAAAAAAGUACAAAAGCUGUCAAAAUUACAGAGGUAUGUCUGCCAAAUGAAUUUUACAGCUCAUAUUAACAUUAUUGUGAUACAACCUGCAUUUGUGUUAGUUGCUAUAUUUCAAUCGAGUUACGAUCAUUACGGUAAAACGUUUUUUUACAGUAUCUUUUUGGUGUGAACUGUAAAAAACUGGAAUAUCUGCAGUAUAUACACCACAUGUAUAAUGAUAAUGCACUCAGUAAUACUAACAUAUAGAGUAUUGUACCUGGUUUAAUUUGCAUCAUUACACAACCAGAUAUACUCUAAUCUUAAAGGGGCUUUAGUCGUACAAACCUUGAGAAUCUCAAGUCUAUCUAAAAAAUAAAAAAUAAAAAGACCCUAAACUAGCAUCUUUAAACCAUUGUGUAGCACUAUAUAAAUGCAAAACAUCAAGUGAAGUUAUACUGUACAAUUCUGAGAUCUGUGGCAAAAUUAUCAUCUCAAGUAUACACAGGCUACCAUGUAUCCGUUUCCUCCCACAGAAGAAUGAGGUUUAGAAGCUUCACAGUUAGACAGCAGCAUCUGUCCCAUGCACUCACAAGGAUGUAGGUGACAAGAAACGUGAUAUUUAUUACGGUGUAGAUGUGACUUUGUUGGCAUGAAGUCCAAUUCCCAACCAGGCAGAACAGUUGGGGAGUACAUGGACACAGUCUUCACAUAAAGACGUUUGAGGAGGUGCUUUCUGGAUCAACUGAGUUCACACAUGACAUUUUUUCCCGCCAUUUCUUACAUGUUUGAUUAGUAGCACCUCUGAUAAUUGUGGUUCCUUAAUGGGUGACAGGAUUGAUGCUCUCCCAUCAAGUGAUUUAGUUUCUGUCUUACCUUCCUGUUAUGUUGGUUAUAGCUAAAUAUGAUACAAUGUUACCGUAGUCGCAUUCCAAAGUGUGCAGUCCAUAAACUGACGGCUGGAUUGUGAAGUUGUUCUCCAUGUCCAUUUCUAGUAAACACACUGGAACUGGCUCUUUUCAUUAAAAAAAAAAGAAAAGAGAAAAAAAGAGAAAGAGAAAUUAA